AUGGGUGAAGACGACAUAGGCACUCGCUGGGUCUUCGGCUACGGCUCCCUGUGCUGGAAAGUAGACUUCCCAUAUGAAGCCCGCUUUCCCGGUUUCGUAAAGGGCUUCGUACGCCGGUUCUGGCAAGGAAGCACGGACCAUCGCGGAACACCCGAAGCUCCCGGCCGCGUCGUGACACUGGUGCCUUUCGACGAAUGGGAACGCUGUUAUAAGGGCCAUGAUCCACACGGCCCCAAGCAUGUCGACGACGCGGUAUGUUGGGGUGUGGCGUACAAGAUUGCGGCGGAUAAAGUAGAGGAAGUCCUGGCGCAUCUGGACCAUCGCGAAAAGGAUGGGUACGACUGCGUCACAACGCACGUCUAUCAUCCCACCGUCACGGAUAAAGAAACCGGAAACCCACGCCCAGUUGUCAAGGCGAGGGUGUACAUCGCGACCUCGAACAACGACAGCUUCUUGGGGCCGACUGAAGUUGAGAAACUGGCGCUCCAGAUUGCAGUCACGGAAGGUCCAAGUGGCCACAAUGCCGAAUAUUUCUUGGGAUUGAGCAGAUCUAUGCGGAUACUAGCACCAGAAACACCAGACAUGCACUUGAACGCAUUGGAACCGCUAGUUAUCGAACAUUUGAAACGCUUGGGAACGCCGAUUCCGCCCAUCAAUCCGGGUGAUGAGGCCAAGUUCAUGGAGCUCAAUUCGCACUUGCACAUUCUCUCAGAGCUUUUGCUGGUCGAUGAGAAUAAGCUUGCGGAGGAGAACUGA